AUGGGUGCCCGCCAGGCCGGAUAUCUCCGGGUCCCGGGGGAUGAGGAUUCUCCGUACGGAGAGGAGCAGAAGGGUCCCCGCCGAAGCCGCUCCGGAUCCUCGGGACGGCGGGGACGGAAGCCCCUCCCGAGCGAGAAGCCGCUGCCGGCCCUCCCGCCCGGCACCCCGGCGGACGCGACCUUCCCCAUCAGCCUCGAGGACGACGACGACCACCUCCACGUCUCGCCCAGCGAGCGGAGCUACCGCCGCGCGACGGUCGCCAUCGGCCUCGCCAUCAUCGUCACCAUCCUCGGCUUCAUCAUCGCCUUCGUGGUGUUGGGGUUCGGGUUGGAUGGCAACGGGGUGAGGCAUGGCCCCAGUGGCGUCUUCAAGGGUAUUGGGGGCAAGGGAGGCGACGAUGAGUGUCCGUGUCGGCCGGACCCCAACGUGCCGCAGUACUUCAGGACGAGCCCGGAGUUAUGGGCCGGGCCGACGGCGACGGGGAAGCCCGCGUUCAUGGCGCAGACGCGGGUCCUGCCUACGGGAAGUUUCGUGCCUAAUGCGCCGCUGCAGACGGAUAUCCCGAUUCAGGGGAUGCAGAGCGCUAAUGAUGGCAUUUUCAACAUGAUGGGCUAUCUCACGCCGUAUCAGCCUAGCCCUGGUUUCGGUGUCGAAGAGUAUGCUCUGCCCGAAGGGGCGGACAUCGUUCAGGUUCAGAUGCUCUCGCGUCACGGAUCGAGGUAUCCCACCAUGGGCUCCAACGUGGCCGACUUUGGGAAGAAGGUUGCUGAGGCCGAGAAGACGCUCAAGGCAAAGGGCGCGCUGAGUUUCCUGAACAGCUGGAAGUACCAGCUCGGUCAUGAGAUCCUUGUCCCCAAGGGUCGUCAGGAGUUGUUUGACUCUGGCAUCUUGCACUCGUACAUGUACUCUUCGCUGUAUAACCCUAACAGCAAGAUCAUUGUGCGAACCACGACGCAAGACAGAAUGCUCAAGUCAGCCGAGUACUGGCUGGCCGGCUUCUUCGGCCUCGAAUGGACGAAGAACGCCACCAUCGAAGUCAUCAUCGAGCAGAACAUGGCCAACAACUCGCUCGCUGGCUACCUUAACUGCCCCAACGCCCGCAAGCAGAACGGCGGCGACGAGGCGGCCAAGAUCUGGGCCUCCAACUACCUGGCCAACGCCACGGCUCGCCUCAAAGGCAUGGUGGAGGGCUUCGACUGGACCAUCGAGGACACCUACGCGGCCCAGACCAUGUGCCCUUACGAGACGGUGGCCUACGGCUUCAGCCGUUUCUGUGACCUCUUCACCUACGAAGAGUGGGUUGGAUUCUCCUACUCCGUCGAUCUUGCGUUCGCUGGCAACAACGCUUUCCAGAACCCCACAGGACGCGCCGUCGGCAUCGGAUGGCAACAGGAAGUCGUCGCCCGCCUCCAGAACCACACCCUCGGCUACUCAGGCUCCCAGAUCAACGUCACCCUCGACAACAACACCGAGACCUUCCCCCUCAACCAGAGCCUCUACUUCGACUUCUCCCACGACACAAACAUCGCCUCCAUCCUCACCGCCUUCGGCUUCAAGCAGUUCGCCCGCCUCCUCCAGCCGACCGAGUACCCGGGCCCCCACAACUUCACCGUCUCGCACAUCACCCCCUUCGGCGCCCGCCUCGACAUCGAGAUCAUCAAGACGCCCAAGCCCUUCAAGGCCGACCGGUCGGGCUACGAGAGCGAGGGCGGCGAGACCAAGUACAUCCACUUCGUGCUGAACCAGAGGACGCUGCCGCUGGGCUGGAGUUUCCCCGAGUGCGACGUCGAGAGGAAGGACGGGUGGUGCGAGCUGGGCACGUUCUUGAAGGUGCAGGAGGAGAUGCCCAAGUUGGCGGACUACCAGAGGGCUUGUCACGGGGAUAUCGAGACCGUGCCUUAUGGUGUCGUCUAUGACGGCAGGCCGAUGUAA